UCUACCAAAAAAAAAUCAGUGUGUUUACAUAGAGAUCCUUGCUGUGCUGCGGUGACUGUCCCCCUGACCCCUGGAGAGGGGGCCCUAGAGACACCCAGCGGUACACGGGGUACACAGGCAGCCAUGAAGGGACCAAACACUGAGAUUUUGGAGGAUGAUCAUGCUACUACAAAUGAAGACGAAAUACCGGCAUAUUUAAAAGAAGAGCCCCCUACAGAUUCUGAAAAAGAUCACCCGAAUCCAUCAGCAGGGGUCCUAUGGAGAAUGACGGGAGGGCUGUACAGCAUGACUCGAGGCGCUGUCGGAGCCACGCUAGGUGGAGUGGCUUGGGUAGGCAGCAGAAGCUAUGAGCUGACGAAGACUGCAGUGACCAGCGUACCAGCUGCAGGUGUAGGACUGGUCAAAGGAGGAAUGUCUGUCGUGACCGGUGGAGUGGGGGCUGUGGGAUCAGUAGUUGCCGAUAAAGUGUCCUUCACCCCAAAGAAAAAGGACAAAUUUGACUAAACGACAAGACUUAUUGCUUUCAUUCCCCUCCCUGAACAUGCUUGUGUCCUGGCUAUAAACGGCAUCAACACAUUGUUUGGGUCCUAAACUUCAACUGUUCUUCAUUUUGUUUUAAACCCUAAUUUCAGCGAGACAACACUUUUACAGACCUCCCAAAAUGUGUUCUGCAAAGAUCUAACCAAUGUGCAAUAUAUCGAAGCGUACAAGGCAAGUUGUGUAUCUUAUAAGAUCUGUCCAUUAGUUUAAUGGUCAUGUAAUUGUUUAGAAACCUGCCAUCUGUGGGAUUGUUACCCUUAAUGAACAGGUAGAAAUCAUGUCCGUACAGCUGGUGGCCCUAGUCUACACCAGAUCGAGAAAUACAUGUAAUAGACUGCCAUUUUAGUGACGGAAGCUGAAAUAGUACAACAGCAAUAUGUGUUUCUAAAUUUCUUCAUUUAGUUUAGUUUAUAAUUCGCACUACACUAACACUAAUGAUUGCUACACUACCCUAACACUUACAUUAAUUUAAACCUAAAAAUAUCAUGUGAUAUAUAAGACUGCUUUAAGGGGAAAUAAUGCAAUACCUGGGUUUAAGGAGACAUAUAUAAACCAUCCCAUCUUCAGUCUUGUGGUUUAUUAUGAAGUCUCUAAUACCUCUUGAAGGCAUUAUUUUCCUGUAAUAUGCGGUAUAUAUAUCGUCUUCCUUGUUUCCCAUGAUUUGCUUUGUUUGCAAUGUAUUUCUUUGACUUGUUAGUUCAUAAGAAUUAGGUCUAAAACUUGGGAAAUGAGUG